AUGGGGAAAUCGAAAAAAGGAGAAGAAGUUGAUGCGAAAUGUUCUAUUGAGGAUGAUAUUCCUUUGACAACGACUUUAUUGAACUUAAGAAACAAAAAGAAGAAAGAGAAAGAAAUUACACCAACAAUUGAUGCGGAUUUGUUGGAAGAUAUCAACAAAGAAAUUUUAGAAACGGAAGAAGAAGAAGAGAGCGAACUUUCCAAACAAAGGAAAGCAUUGCAAGAACAACAGAAGAUGGUGCAAGCACUUCAGAAAAAGCUGCUACAACAGGAAAAGCAGCUGGAUCUGAUUGAACAAAAAAAGAAGGGUGGAGAAGGACAAAAAAAUUCCAGCAAAGAUCCUGAAAAGCAGGAAGAAACUGAAAAGAAAGAGCAUGAAGUAAAAGUGCAUGAAGAAGUGAAAGAACCUGAAAAAGAGGAGGCUGAGGUAAAAGUUCCAGAAGAGCUGGAUGAACCAGAAAGAAAAGAAAAGAAAACGAACUUAAAAAUUACUUUGAGAAAGAAAAAAGACGGAGAAGAAGCUGGUGAGGAACCUGAAAAAGCAAAGGGGAAGUCUAGGAAAUCAAUACCAAACAGGAAAAGGACAAGAAGUCAAUUGCUGAAAGAAGAAUUUCCCGAUCUUAUAAAAGAGGUAAAGCAGGAAUUGGAAGAGGCACAUAAGAAGAAGAGCUUGUUGCCUGCUGAGAAAAUUUCAACAAAAAAAGUUGCACCAAAUGCUAAGAAGGGGAAUGGAGUUACUUUGAAAAAGACUACAGCACUUAAGAGGGGUAGCAAAGUUAAUCAGAUAGUUGUGAGGGAGGUUUAUGAAGACGAGGAAGAUGAAGAAGGAGGUGAAGAAGAAGGUGAAGAAGUAGAAGAGGAAAGUGAACCCUUAAUGAAGAAGGGGAAAAAAGUAGUUGAGAAGAGAGCAACAAGAAGUAAACAAAUUGUUGUUUCUGAUGAGGUCAUGGAGGUGGUGGAUGAUGAGAAACCAAAAUCUUUGGUUGUUGCCAAACCAAAACCUGAAGAAAGGAAACUAAAUCUAAGGCAAACUCCGCAAUUGAUGAUGCGAUUCUUGAGGGGAAUUGCAUCUAAUGAACCACAUGAUAUAAGAAAACAACAAGCCAUCGUGGAGUUAGGCUUUGGAUCUCUUCUGCAACUUGACAUCCCACAAAACGAAAAUCCAUUCCCGUACGAGUUGGUUAGGAAUUUCAACUCGUCCGACCGUUCCUUGCAUCUACCAAAGUCUUCCCUUGAUAUUACUGUAGAGGAUGUAUACCUGGUGUACGGUAUACCUAUUGGAGGAGCUCCGGUCGUGGAAUGGACGGAUGAACAAGAUCCUGAAGUGUUGAGGGUUUUUGCUGAAUUUUGGGCAUACUGGCAAGUGAAGUUUGGAUGCCCAAAAUUGAAAGAAAUGGUUGAAAAACUGAUCAAAGAUGACACUCCAGUUGAUGAUAACUGGAAGAGAUCUUUCCUAGUGGUUGCAGUUAACACCUUUGUAUUCAAUAUUCUUUUGCUCUUCUUUCAUUGUUCUUUUCAUUCUCUCUAA